CCGACGUUGAAACGCUGGCACGUUUUCUUCUCUUUCUUCGUUUCCUUGAGACUCCCGCCAUGGCGCCGACAUCUUCGCUCCACGCUGAACGGACGCCCCCGCUCAUCGCGGAACGCUUCGCGGCAGCCUACGAGGCGCAGUUGCGGCAGCUGCGACGGCAAGCUGAAGAGGAGCAGCAAGCUUUGCAGGGAGAGAUGGAGGCCUUGAAGCAGGCUGCCUACAACGCACAGGCGGCUGCAGCGCAGCACCGCGCACAUGUGCACAUGGCCUGUCAGGUGGGACCGCACUUUCUGCAGCAGGACCUGGGCCUCCGACGGCAGCAGCUGGCCGCCGUGACCGGGGAGCUGCGGAGGCUGCGCGCGCAGAGCCUGGUCGAGCAGCAGCGACUGAAGGAGGAAAAGGCACAGCUGCAGCAGGAGCAGCAACGCUUGGCUGAGCUGAGGAGCAAGGUCUCUUCAGAAGGACUUCAGCUUCGACAUGCCCUGCAAGACGCAGAGCAACGUUUGCAGUAUGAGGAGCAGGUGCAGAGGCAUUUGCAGGAGCGCUUGCGCAAGGCCCUUGCAGAGAGGGACCAGGAGUUUCAUCAGGUGCAAGAACACCAGCACAGGGAGCAGGAGGCUCAAGCUUUGCGGGAUGCGGCCCGAGAGAAGCUGCGUCACCAGGAGGAAAACACGCGACAGAUCCUGGAAGAAGCAGAGCGACACCUGCAAGCUGAUGUGAUGUCUCCCCAUGUUCAGCCCUGGAGUUGAUGAGGAGUUCCAUUGCGCAACAGAGUUCGUAUGUUUUGCGAAUGAGCAGGUGGGGCAGGCCAAAGGCCAGCCAUUUGGGUGGGCCAUUUCGGCCUCCCAGUGCCUUUAUCUUGGUACAAAGAUUGCCAUUUGUCAGGUCGGUCUCAGGUCGUCUCAGGUCUGCCGGUCAACAUGACUGACGGAACUGAAGGGCGGGACAUCGUCCAUCGACGCGACAUCAGCCGUGUGUUGUGAUGCCAUCGACGGACAUCUCUUUGGAUCUGGCAAGGGCUUGACAUGACUAGGCUUGAUUUGGGAGCGGUUUUCACCCAAAGACCAGAAGAGCACCCGAAAUAUGUGGAGCCUUGUGGAACAAGGUCCCUCAAGAACUGACGGCUUAUUGACAUUUAUUGACUCUAUUGGGUCAAUGUCUAGAGAUGUGCUUCAACCUCUCUGACAUGAAGCCUAUGUGGCUGCCACAUCCUCUCCCCUAGGGUCUAGAUCUGGGGGUGGGUCCUAGGGAGAGGAUGAGGAACACCCCCCGACCGAUCCCAGCGCACACACCCCAUGAUCACAGCCUUUUCAAGCCUCCAGGUAGAGAGAUUUUUGGAACCAACAAGGGUGUUGCAUGCUGCAAAUCGCCGCUUGUAGCCUACGUGGCAAUGGCCACCGACAACUGAAGGUCAGCCCACACUACUUUCUCAAGUUGCA